GUUUGUUCUAAAAUAAAAAUGGAGAUCGACUGUGUUAAUAUCGGAAGGAAAUAAUACUUGGCUUACUGGCACUCCCAACACUUUGAUCCACCUGUUUUUCCUCUUUCACAUCCCAACAAAAGUUACUUCUCUGUUUUCUCCAUCAGCAGUCCUUUAUCUCCCAGUACCUAGGGUUUGUUUCUUUGUCUCCCCCUCUCAUGAUUCGUUAAACCGUCACCUUCCUCUCCUCAAUUUUCCUUUUUCUUUAAACCAUUUAAGAGAAGUAACCCUAAAAAAUCCCUUCUUUCUCACAUUUUUAUUAACAUUCCUCUCACAAAGGACCGCCCAUCAGUUUUUUUUUCCCUUGAUAAUAAUAAAAAAAAUAAAGAACUCUUUCAUGGCCAAGACCAAACCUGGCAAAAAGGACCUUGAUUCCUACACUAUCAAAGGCACCAACAAAGUUGUUCGACCUGGUGAUUGUGUGCUGAUGAGACCAUCGGACUCAGAUAAACCACCGUACGUGGCACGGGUAGAGAAGAUCGAGGCCGAUCAUCGGAACAACGUCAAGGUUCGAGUUCAAUGGUACUAUCGGCCGGAGGAGUCUAUUGGAGGGAGAAGACAGUUCCAUGGAGCCAAGGAGCUCUUUUUAUCAGACCAUUAUGAUGUGCAAAGUGCCCACACCAUUGAAGGAAAGUGUAUAGUUCACACUUUCAAAAACUAUACUAAGCUUGAAAAUGUUGGUGCUGAAGAUUACUUUUGUAGGUUCGAAUAUAAGGCUGCCACUGGUGGCUUCACUCCAGAUCGGGUGGCAGUGUAUUGCAAAUGUGAGAUGCCAUAUAACCCAGAUGACCUCAUGGUGCAAUGUGAAGGAUGCAAGGAUUGGUUUCAUCCUUCCUGCAUGGGUAUGACCAUUGAAGAAGCAAAAAAAUUGGAUCGCUUUUUAUGUUCUGAUUGUUCUUCAGAGGAUGAUGCCAAAAGAUCUUUGAAUGCAUUCCCAGUAUCACCAUCCCUUGAGGCAAAGGUGGAAUCAAAGCGUAGAAAGAGAUAACCAUUAUCACAAUGCGGAACGAGGAGGUACCGAUUUUCUUCCACAUUAGCUCAAGUAUUAUUGUUCUUGUUUGUUUUGUGGAAUUGUACAGUGCAGAGAAGAUACUGUGCUUGCACAAACAAUAGAGAGGCUUCUUUCAUGAUUUACCAUGUUCUUAUAUGUCUGUAUGUGUGGUUGGAUUUAAGAGAUGACUUUGUGGUCAAUGAUGUUGCGAGUGCAGUCCCUGCAAAAUGUCAUGUUAAUAAUAUAAGCUGCGAACCAUAACAAUGGCUUAAACUUAAAAA